UCAAAGAUUUCCACUUCACAGACAAACAAACUGAAGGUAUAUAAAGUCUGUGUUUCCAUCUCUGAGACAUCCUGUGACCAGAAACUGCUGCUGGAACAGACUCUUCAACUAACCAUCAAAACAAGAUGGCUGCCGGUCUUGUCUUCACUCUGCUUCUUGGUCUGAGCUUUGGACUCUGGGAUGGAGCUGAUGCAUGUCAGCUGGAAGUUGCCGACUGUGAUGAGUGCACUCCUGGUUGGGCUUGGUACGACGGUCGAUGUUUCCUGUAUGUGAAUGUCAAACAGUCCUGGGCUGAUGCAGAGAAAUUCUGCCUCUCAUUGGAUGGAAAUCUGGCCUCAAUGACCAGUAGAAAUGAGUACGACUUCAUCAGAGAGCUUAUCUACAAAGCAAGUGGACAAAACACACAAACUUGGGUUGGAGCUCAUGAUUCAGCACAGAAAGGUACGUGGUUUUGGAGUGAUGGUUCCAAGUUUGCAUUUGAUCAGUGGUCCUACGGUGAGCCAAACAAUUUUGGUGGAAACGAACACUGCAUGGACAUCAACUUAUUUGGACGAGACUAUGUGAAUGACAAUGUCUGCACCAAGAAGCUUCCCUUCAUCUGUGCCAGACCCCUAUAACCUUCUCAUGCCUUUUAAUCUGAAAUGCCCAUAUGGCUUUCCUGCUGGUGAUGUCACUUCCACCUGGAUGCCAAACCUCAAUGACAUCACUGCUGGAAGAAUCUGAUUUCACUUUAUUUAAAUAAAUAUUUUCUUUCUAUGAAA